AUGACAGACCAAUUUAAUUUCAAAAUUCGUUUUGUCAGCAUGAGUGAUAGUUGCUUCAGGAAUCUUGCAGAAGAUCGCAGUGGGAUAAAUCUCAAAGAUCUCGUACAAGAUCCUUCUUUGUUGGGUGGGACUAUAUCAGCAUACAAGAUAGUACCAGACGAAAUAGAAGAAAUCAAGGAAACCCUGAUAGAUUGGUGUGAUGAAAAGGAACUUAAUUUGAUACUAACAACUGGAGGAACAGGGUUUGCACCACGAGAUGUCACUCCAGAGAAAUUCCCAACAUUCCCAUUUUGUGGGCUCCAGAAAGGGGCCACAAAAGAAGUAAUAGAACGGGAAGCACCAGGGAUGGCCCUGGCAAUGCUGAUGGGAUCACUUAAUGUUACACCUCUGGGCAUGCUCUCUAGGCCUGUAUGUGGAAUCAGAGGGAAAACUCUCAUAAUUAACUUGCCAGGUAGCAAGAAAGGAUCUCAGGAAUGCUUUCAGUUCAUACUGCCAGCUCUACCUCAUGCCAUUGACCUUUUACGUGAUGCCAUUGUAAAAGUAAAGGAAGUGCAUGAUGAACUUGAAGAUUUACCUUCCCCACCACCUCCUCUUUCUCCUCCUCCCACAACUAGCCCCCAUAAACAGACAGAAGACAAAGGGGUUCAAUGUGAAGAAGAGGAAGAAGAGAAGAAAGACAGUGGUGUUGCUUCAACAGAAGAUAGUUCUUCAUCACAUAUAACUGCAGCAGCCAUUGCUGCCAAGAAGCAUCCAUUCUACACCAGUCCUGCUGUUAUCAUGGCACAUGGUGAGCAGCCCAUCCCUGGUCUCAUCAGUUAUUCCCAUCAUGCAACAGGCAGUGCAGAUGAACGGAUUCCAGACUCGAUAAUUUCUCGUGGCGUUCAGGUGCUCCCACGAGACACAGCUUCCCUCAGCACUACUCCUUCAGAAUCGCCUCGUGCUCAGGCUACAUCUCGCCUUUCUACUGCUUCCUGCCCAACACCAAAACAAAUUAGACGGCCGGAUGAAAGCAAAGGAGUUGCUAGUAGAGUUGGAUCCCUCAAACUCCACUCUAGAUUGGAAGGGCUUAAAGAUGAACUCUGGAGGAAUAGAGGCUACGACUUAAGAGUCCAAUCCAGGUGCAGCAGCAAGGAGAACAUUCUCAGAGCCAGUCACAGUGCUGUUGAUAUCACCAAGGUGGCUAGAAGACACCGCAUGUCUCCUUUUCCUCUAACAUCUAUGGACAAAGCCUUCAUCACAGUCCUGGAGAUGACUCCGGUGCUUGGGACAGAAAUCAUCAACUACCGAGAUGGAAUGGGUCGAGUCCUUGCUCAAGAUGUAUAUGCAAAAGAUAACCUACCCCCCUUCCCAGCAUCAGUAAAAGAUGGCUAUGCUGUUCGAGCUGCUGAUGGCCCAGGAGAUCGUUUCAUCAUUGGGGAAUCCCAAGCCGGUGAACAGCCAACUCAGACAGUAAUGCCUGGACAAGUCAUGCGGGUUACAACAGGUGCUCCAAUCCCCUGCGGUGCUGAUGCUGUAGUACAAGUAGAAGAUACCGAACUUAUCAGGGAGUCUGAUGAUGGCACCGAAGAACUUGAAGUACGAAUUCUGGUGCAAGCUCGGCCAGGCCAAGAUAUCAGACCCAUCGGCCAUGACAUUAAAAGAGGGGAAUGCGUGUUGGCCAAAGGAACGCACAUGGGCCCCUCAGAGAUUGGUCUUCUAGCAACUGUAGGUGUCACGGAGGUUGAAGUUAAUAAGUUUCCAGUGGUUGCAGUCAUGUCAACAGGGAAUGAGCUGCUAAAUCCUGAAGAUGACCUCUUACCAGGAAAGAUUCGAGACAGCAAUCGUUCAACCCUCUUAGCCACGAUUCAGGAACAUGGUUACCCCACAAUCAACUUGGGAAUUGUGGGAGACAA